AUGCCGAAGCCCGUCUAUGCCACGGCGGACGAGUUGGCCGAUGCAGUGAAGAAGCUCGAGGGCCAGGCGGCUUCGGAGCUCGCGGCGGCGACGCGGAGCUCGCGGCGGCUUCGGCGCUCUCACCAGUGCACUGGGAUGAUUGGGAUGAUAGGGCUGUCCGGGGAGGGUGGCUUGACCACCAUCUCAACUCCCCCGGCGUUCCGAUCCCACGGCUGGGUCGGGCCGUGGGAAGACCACGAGGUCCUCCGAGACCACCUUGAAGGGAGAUCUCCAGAAGGUGCCGUGGAGUCCGGGGAAUGCUGGGAGAAGCCUGGAGUGAUAGCAGAGGAGAGCCAUUCCGAUGGCUUGGGAGACCCAAGACCUACUACUUGGCGCACAGAAAACCCUUUGCGCACGAUAGCCCAUGUCCAGGCCAAUGAUCAGAUGGCCAGCAAUGCCUCCACGGCCACGGAGGGCAUCGCACGCUGCGGGAGCGACUCCAAGACCUACACCGACGACAGGCAGGUAUCCGCUCGGGAUGUGGAUGAUGGAGAUUUCAAAGCGCCUUGGAUGGUCCUCCCGGUUCUUUGCAGGAAGGCGUUGGCGGACGAACUGGCAGCGCUGUGCGAGCGCAUCGACAAGGAAUUCCUUACCACCCGGGAAGAUGCUAGGCGGCAAGCCCCAACACCACCACCUGGGCCUGGUGGAAACCGGUUUUCCGGGGGCCAACAGGUGUCUGGUUUUGGGCCCGGCAGGCUGAGAGGGCUGAGAGGUUUGAUCGACGCCAUGAAGAUGGAUGUGGCGGGGAAGGGCAAGGCGAACCUCUCGGAUCAGCGAAGUCAGUUGGACACCGCCAUGGCCGAGGCGGCCAAGGAGGUGGAGCAGAAGCUGGAUCAGCUGCAGGCAGCCAUGGAAAAGACCCUGAAGGACGGGCGAAAGCCACGGAGUCGGGGGAGAAUUGGCGGUCACACAGACAUGCCAUAUGGGGACUUCAAUGAGGAGCAAGGCAAGGCGCAAGGCCUGCGUGAUGAGAAGCAACAGCGCGCUGAAAGUGAGAUUUGGCUGAAGUUGGAUCGGACCAGUGAGCUCCUUCAGGAGCCAUGGGCUGUGCUGCAGGAUGUGCUGCAGGGUGUACUCCAGCUGGGUGAUGAGACCAAUCAGAACUUGGAGGAUUACAAGACCGAAGCGAUUGGGUCAUCAAAGAUGCCUCCAAGCGAUUGCGCCACUUGGGCUCCGAGAGCUGAGCUGAGGCGAGUUUGCACACCAGCUGGCGGGGAAGCUCAGGGGCCCACCGAUCCAACGGCCGAUCUGGGCCGAGAACGAGAGAGGGCGGUGCUGGCGAAUGAAGAAGAAGCCGCGGACGGUGGACAGAGCGCCUUUAUGUUCUCGCCCAAGUUCGACAUGGCAGGUGUGCAUGGGUUGCAGCUGGAGCUGCAGCUUUUUAGCGAGCGCCGCAUGGAGAGCUUCGUGGGGUACGGGAAGAUCGCCCACGGCACGUGCAAAGGUCCGGAGGAAAGUGAGUGGUGUGUCACUGAGAAGGUGCACGGCGCCAACUUCUCGGUGCACGUGGACCGCGCGGGGCGCAUGAAAUGCGCCAAGCGGAAGGGCUUCUUGGAGGAGGAGGAGGACUUCUUCGGGCACUUUUCCAUGUUGACGCGGCUGCGAACACCACUGUUGGCCUUGGCCAGGGAGGUGCUGGAGAGUUCUGGCGCGGACUACGUGGCCCUGUUUGGAGAGCUAUGCGGCGGGAAGUAUCCACACACAGAGGUGCGAGAAGUGCCAUUUGCACGACCAGUGCAGGUGGGAGUGUGGUACAGUCCAUGCAUUGAAUUCAUCCUCUUCGACAUCGCUGUGUUCACCGGGCCGCGCAGCCAUUUCAUGGCAUUCAAGUCCGUCGCGGACUUGGCCAAGAAACAUGCGCUGCACACGGUGCCGCUGCUCUUCGUAGGAAGCCGCGGGGAAUGUGCUAACUAUGAUCCUAAGUUCCUGUCACGGGUGCCCGAAAUGCUGGGUUUGCCACGGCUCAGUUCGGAGAACUGGGCCGAGGGCAUUGUGGCAAAGAUUUGGGACCAAACUUCGCCCAUGGAGAGGAGACCCAUUUUCAAGAUCAAAAUCCAGGAGUUCCAAGAGGGUGAGGGCUCAGCACCUUCAACUGGAGAUCCUUCGAUGAAGACGUAUUUGUUGUCUCAAGUCAACGAGAAUCGCAUCCUCUCGGCGGCCAGCAAAGUGGGCCCUGCCGACGAUGCCGGCCACUGGGAAGAGAUCACCGACCUCGUGAUCCAGGACAUCAGAGAUGACGUCGGUGAUGAUCCCACAUUCCUGGCCUUGGAAGAUCAACUGCGAUGUGCCACCUACGACAUGCUGGCAGAAGCCAUCCCAAGCUCGUAG